AUGGCGGCCAGCAAACCACCUGAAAUGAAUUACACGUGCGAAAUUUGCGGCCUGGAGGGCUUCAACGACGAAGAGAUGAGAUCUCACAUGGUGUUCUAUCAUCUUCAGGGCGCUGCGAAUUGUCCGUUUUGUGAUUUGGGGGAGAUUUCGCCGACGGAAAUGUUGGUGCAUGUUAACAGUGCUCAUCUGGAUUAUUUAACGCCAAGCACUCCAGAAAAUGAUAUGAUGGCAUUUAUCGACGAUGAUUCAUUAGUUGAUGAUCACAGGCAUGAUGAAUGCCGUGGUCCUUCCCCAUCCAUGUCUCUACGUCCACCACUUUUACAAAAUGGGUGGAGCAGCUCAUCCAGUCCACGUGUUAAACCACAACCAGAACCAUCAAAGUCGGAGCCACAUCAUUCUAGUUCUAAUGUGAAUAAUAACAAUAAUAAUAACAACACUGGGAAUGUUAAUAAUGUAAUAGAAGGUGCAGCUGGUCACGGUUCUCCACUACGUUCAGGCCUAAAUCUACAGUUGCGUUCUCAUGCUUCACCAAAACUUCCAGUUCAAGAGUGUCCUAUGUGCCCCUAUAGUUCUGACAGUCCGUUGAGGCUAGAAGAGCAUAUCAAUAGACAACAUUUUGAUCUCACUUCACCGUCGUUUCCACCUGAAUCUCCACCGUCUCGAGAUGGUAUCUUCAACUGUCCCCUGUGCAUCACAUCGUUUCCAAAUUCUUCUGAUCUUGAGCUACACGUCAACAUAGAGCACAAAGAUAUUUUGAGCCCUGCAAAUGGUGCAGCUUCUCAAUCUGACCUGGCAACCGUUGGCAGUGACACUCCGGCGUGUCCAGUUUGUUUUAGUACUUCAUUUAAAACCAGUGAUGAGUUGACUGCACACAUCGAAGAACACUUUAGCAAAAAGAGUACCCCGUCUCCCAUAACUCCAGACUUGUCGACCGAUAGAUUGUUGGCAAAAGACAUGGAAAGGCGCGAGAAAGAGGUUCGAAAGUUACGAGAACAACGUGAAUUUGAAUUGUUAAGAGCGCAGUAUGGUAUGGACAAUCAGGGCAAUUUUAGAGAACAAAGUGUCACUAAUAUGCAGCGGGCUGUGUAUUCGGGUGAAAUGACGAUUGCUGAUUAUUAUGAAAGGCAAAGUGAACUCAGAGUAGCCGAGAGUAGUGGUAUUGAUGAUGGCAGCUCCUGUACACGCGGACUAGUCUCAAAGAUACGAGCUGUCAGCCAAGCAUGUAGUAAUGUGUUGAGCACCUGGAUGUGUUCCACUGUAGAUCAUUAUGCGACUACUUAUGGAGACAAGGGUUGGGGAUGUGGAUAUAGAAAUUUACAAAUGUUAAUUUCGUCGCUUUUACAACAUACAGGGUACAAUGAGUUAGUGUAUAAAGCGUGGAGCUCAGGCCUGGGUAGUGGUAGUUCUACUAAAAAUCCGCUUCGAAGUUCUAUACCAUCUAUCUCUAGACUUCAGAAAAUGAUAGAAUGGGCUUGGGCCCAGGGUUUUGAUACUCAAGGAGCGGAACAGCUAGGCGGUAAAUUGGUGAACACUAGAAAAUGGAUUGGUCCCACCGAAGUAGUUAUACUGUUGUCUAGUUUGAGAAUAAAAUGUCAGCUGGUAGAUUUUUAUAGACCAACUAAUGCUGACGGUGGACAUCCGGAGAUGUUUAAUUGGGUUUUACAAUAUUUCCAACGGUGUGACGACUUCAAGCCACCUCUCUAUCUACAACACCAAGGUCAUAGUAGAACAAUAAUAGGAGUAGAACAAUUAAGGGAUGGUUCAAUAACUAUGUUAGUACUUGAUCCAAGCCAUAGUCCAGCACAAAUGGCACAGUUUAAUAGUACAAGUAGUGCACUCGGUGCAAUGCGUUUGGUACGAAAAUCGAUCGCCGCGAUGAAAGCGAGGCAGUAUCAAGUCGUUGCUGUUACCGGUAUCAUGGAAACCGAAAUAGAGUAUCAACAAAGCAAAGUAUUACGUUUGAUUCGCGUACCCCAAGAUAGGUGAGAUUUGCUGACCCGAAAAGGAGUUAAAUCUUGUGGAAAGACGAUAGACUGCCUCAAACCAAUUUUGUCCAGCAUCCUUAAAGUUACGU